CCUUAUGCCCUCCCUCCAAAAAGCUCAAGUUUAAAUGCAAAGCACCAAAUUUGUCAUAACUUACUUUGGGGUAGGAACUGAUUGUUUGCUGCCGAGUUUGCUGAGAGUUUGCAGCCUUUACCAGAGUUUCAGCAGGCAUUGCUAUUUGUGUACAUUCAAUAUUUUUUAUAUAAAGACUUAUAUUUGUGAAUAUGUCAUGUGCUAUCGGUUUUGGAAGAUAAAUUUAGAAAAUUAACUGUAAGAAAACGAAACAAGGAAGCUGCGAGCUUGAAAACCAAAAGGGAAACCACCCAUCAUCAUGUGAGUGAUGCUGAGACUGAGAGUUACAUGUACUUUGUCAGUUUUGAUGUGCCAUUUGGUCAUUUGCAGUUUUUAACUAGCGCACUCUAUCUUCAAGGUCAUUUUUGCAGGGUGAAAGUGGCCACAAUUAAGCGAGUCAGUUUCGAUGUGAUCCACUAACGAAAGUAUUUAUAAGUACAACACUUCCUCUUGAAGAUCAUUUUGCAUUUUCUUAGCAACCAUAUCAUGUCGUUGUUAAUGCAUGGAGUUCACUGCACCUUGAGCCUGUAACGCAAAUGCCAACUUGACAUCAUUUCUCAUCCCAAGCCAUCCAGUUAACAGGGCCAUCAGUUCUCUGUGGAAAAUUGGCUGCACAUACUAUGGACAGACAGCCCUUGCUGUUGCCUACUUCAAAAACACGAACGGAUGACAAUUUGGUGUCACAUUGGCUGUAACUUGACGUAAGAGGACACUCAGGACAGAUAGUUCUUGUACAGACUCAAAACUUGGCAGUGGUGAAAUACAUAAAACACUGGCUACAAAAGGCUGUUGGUUGGAAACUGUACCCAAGUGGAACAGCAACUGCUACCGGGUAUUUCAGAUUGUCCUUCAUGUACUUGUUCAAAUCUUUGUGUCCUGUGUACUAUUUGAGAGGCAAACUUUUAGUUUGCUAUUUUUGCAACUUCAUGUGAACAAAGCUGCAGUUAUAUCCUCACCGGUAAAACUUGUCUUGCUUGAUUUUGUCGUCAUCUGUGAAUCACGCUUUUCUUCAGUUCACCAUUCUGUGAGCAAACUUCUGCUGUGUUUCUCCACCCCACGGCUCUGUACAAGACACUGAACAAUCACAUCUACUGUUAUAGACACUGCAUGAAAUAUACACCAGCAAGAAGACUCUGUGUCAAUCAUGUGGUCGUACAACGCAAAUGUCACCGUCUAUGCCCAAGCUACAAUGUCCCUUGCUCAGCUGGACAUUCUGGUCUGUACCUUCUUCACCUGUGUCUUCCAGAACAACAGCGACAACUGCUCCGUGGCCUAUUCCCUACCCCAGUAUGACCAUCUACUGAUCUGGGAUGCCAGGGGACCAGCCCCUGGGGCACCGAUGAACGAGUCCUACAAUGCACAAAGCAACGAGACGUACAAACUGUUCAACCACUUGUUAGAACUCCUUGGCUUAGACAACCCGGCAGAGGCUGACAAGUAUGUGUAUUCCAACACAGAGACUGUAUUGUAUGGUUUUGCCCUGCCUGUCCUCAAACUACUAGGCAUCCUAUCCAUUCUGUCUUUUUUCUUCACCCUUCUCAGAGUUCCCUCCAUGCGUAAUGUCACUAAUUUCUACCUGACUAAUUUGGGUGUUGCAGAUCUGAUAGUUUUGAUUUCAGGUGCCACAUAUCAUCAAUGUGCGGUCUUGACUACACAAAACAGAUUAGAUAUCCCAUAUUUUGGUGGAUCAAUCCAAGCAGUUGUUAGUGUUUUAAUCUACUUCGCCAAUGUCGGUGGCUUUUCAUCUCUAGCAUUUGUUAUUGUGCUAUCCUAUGAUAGAUAUUUUGCCAUUUGUCAUCCUCUCAAAUACCGUAAUCUCAAUCUGAAGCGACGGGCAAUACGAGCAGCAGUUUGCAUAUGGCUGCUGUCCUUGUCUGUAAAUGUUCUUUUUUUGUGGACUAAGUUUCAGAGCCUAAAUGCACCAGCAAUCAAAUGUCUUGUUUGGCCAAAGGAAGAAAAGUAUAAACAUCUAUCAGGUAAUGUGCAGAUGUUAUCUAAUAAUGAUGAAACAGUUGUGACUUGCUUUCAGGUGAUUCGUUACAUGGUACUCUGUACGUACAUGUUGAGUUUGAUCCUCACUUGCACUUUCAAUAUCCUCCUUAUUAAGGGACUGCAUGCACCAAAUCCAACUGGUGAUCAGAUCCAAGGUCCGUCAAAACAUCUAGGAAGAGUGACUCUGAUACUUGGCAUCAACACAGCCGUGGUAUUUGUCUGUUUUCUACCCCAAGUUGUAACUGCCUUAUUGCUCAUUUUAUCGCAAAGCUUGGAUGAAGUGAAUUUAUCUGCAGAUGUUAAAAGGGCAUUGCUUCUGAUGACUGCUUGCCUCAGAGUCAUCAACUCUUCCAUUAAUUCAGUCAUAUUCAAUGCUGGUAGUGGAAGGUACAGGAAGGCCUUUAAGCAAGCCUUCUGCUGCGGAAAGAGGCAGCAAGUACAUGUACCAACGAUCAAUAUCCCUCUGCAGACAUUACCAAGAGCAGAUCCUGCUGAUAGGAUCAGAUCAUAAGAUCCACAAGCAAAAUCCCUCCCCCCCCCCAGUAAAAAAGGAAAAGGACAGAAAAAAAUGCAAUCCUCUCUUCCAAGAGUUUCUAUUACUUCCAAAAGUUCCAAAGUAAUUUAUCAAUCUGUCGUUUCUAAAGCUUUUAGACAAAUUUUUAUCCACAGCACUUCAGUUUUGUUUGGGAACCAUGGUUUACUUUAUUUUAAAAAAAAUAAUAAAACUCUGUCUACCACCACAUUUUUGAUUUCCACAAGUCAACAGAUGUCAAAUGGAAAUUGUUUUCAGCAUUCUGUAAAGUACACUGUAUAUAUAAAUAGAACUGACUGUUGUUUAUGUAAAAACAAAAAGAAGCUUACUAUGUUUAUUCAAAGGCUGUAAUUGUAUUAAACAUACCGAUACUGU